AUGCCAAGACGGGGAAAAAACAUCUUCCAUGCACCGUUUCAGUUCUCUCGGUAUUGGUUUAUCGCCCUAGUGGCGGUGCUGCUUUUCCUCUCCCUCAAUGGCGGCUCGCUCGCCGGCACACGCGUGCGCGACGGAAACUUCAGAGGCGAUGCAGGAAACAAUACCGCCUGGGGAGAGACUUCAAAGGUGGCAUCCGCUAAAGGUUCUACUCCGGUAUCGCUUCAAGAGGCGUGCCACACAGAGAUGAAGCUAUACUGCAGCGACCACCCCACUUCCCCCCUGCGCUGUCUCGUGGAGCAGUACAGCCGCACUACCAAGGGAAAUAGUAAUGAGCCACGUCGACUGACGUCCGUGCUCUACUCAGACGUGUGCGGCUUGUGGUUAGCGGCGCGUGAGACGUGUCUCAACUUUGUGCAUCAGCGCGGCCGAGAGCUCUGCAGGGGUACCGUGCUUGAUGCGCGUGAGUGCCUACGGCAAAUCCCACCGCUAGUGCUUCCGCACGCGUGCGUGACGAGCGCUUACUACGAAAGUGUGCGACUGGUUGGGAAGCUGCGCCAGCACCAAAACGCUGAUGCUCGACUGCGCCUGCUUCGCGAGACGUUGGCAUAG